AUCUAUGACGUCAUUGGUCUAAAGCGAUACAAGCCUCGAUACGCGCUUCACUGAAAGCUUCCAGGAUUUCUCGACACACGCUCCGAAGCCUCGGCUCAGAACGUAACAUCACUACCUAUCAGGUAUCAGAAAGUCAUUGAUGCUUUUAUUUCGAUUGAGACGUUUGGUUGGGUAUAAGCAAUCGUUUAGUCUUGGACCAAUGACAAGCAACAGCGCUGAGUCGGCAGAGAAAAACGACGGACUUUGUUCAAGCGUGGCCUGUUCCGCCUCUCUGAUUGGCUGUUGAAAGUGUUAUUCAGUUUGCCACACCCCUUCUUCCCUUUCUCUCGCGGUGGAAGAGAAGCAUGGACACAACCGGGAAAGUGAUUAAAUGCAAGGCAGCUGUGGCUUGGGAGGCUGGUAAGCCUCUUUCCAUUGAGGAGGUGGAGGUUGCUCCACCCAAGGCCCAUGAAGUUAGAGUUAAGAUCCAUGCGACAGGUGUGUGCCAUACUGAUGCACACACCCUGAGCGGAAGUGACCCUGAGGGGAUGUUUCCUGUCAUCCUGGGACAUGAGGGUGCAGGCACUGUCGAGAGUGUUGGAGAAGGGGUCACCAAAUUCAAAGCAGGUGAUGUUGUAGUUCCACUGUAUGUACCCCAGUGUGGAGAAUGCAAGUUUUGUAAGAAUCCCAAAACCAACCUGUGCCAGAAGAUCAGGGUGACCCAGGGUCAGGGUCUGAUGCCCGAUAAGACCUCCAGGUUCACCUGCAAAGGCAAGCAGAUCUUUCACUUUAUGGGUACCAGCACCUUCUCCGAGUACACCGUAGUGGCCGACAUCUCUCUGGCCAAAGUAGAUGAACAAGCUCCUAUGGACAAAGUGUGUCUCCUGGGCUGUGGGAUCUCUACUGGAUAUGGAGCUGCCCUCAAUACGGCUAAGGUGGAAGCUGGUUCUACAUGUGCUGUUUUCGGUUUGGGAGCAGUGGGCCUUGCUGUCAUUAUGGGCUGCAAGUCACUCGGAGCCACCCGGAUUAUUGGCAUCGACAUCAACCCAGACAAGUUUGAAAUUGCCAAGAAGUUUGGAGCCACUGAGCUUGUGAAUCCCAAGGACCACAGUAAGCCAAUUCAGGAGGUGCUGGUGGAGCUGACAGAUGGAGGAGUUGACUAUUCCUUUGAAUGCAUCGGAAAUGUUGGAAUUAUGAGAGCUGCUCUUGAGGCAUGCCACAAAGGCUGGGGAACCAGUGUCAUCAUUGGUGUGGCUGGGGCAGGUCAAGAAAUCUCAACCCGCCCAUUUCAGCUGGUUACAGGGCGUACAUGGAAAGGCACAGCUUUUGGUGGCUGGAAGAGUGUGGAAAGUGUUCCUAAGCUUGUGAAUGACUACAUGAGCAAGAAGCUGAUGGUGGAUGAGUUUGUCACUCACACUUUGCCCUUUACCCAGAUCAAUGAGGCCUUUGAUCUGAUGCAUGCUGGGAAGAGUAUCCGAACAGUACUGCAGUUCUAAGCAUCCACGAGUCACUAACACGAGCCUUAUGUUUCCUGUCUUGCCAUGAAAAUAACAAACAAAGCAUUUCAAAUCUUUCUUGUUACUUUGUACUUACAAUGGUGACUAUUUUGUUAACAUUUGUUUUGGAACUGAAAGUACUUGUGUGUUCAGUUCCAGUUACACGCGGAAUAAAUAUGGUUACAAAAUAUAAACUCUCUGUGCUUCCUUUUGUUUAUGAUUUUUUACAUUUGAUGUUUGUCGCAGUGGGAAUGGCACUGCAUUGAGUCAAAUUCUGUAAUAAUGCGGAUAUACAUCUGCUGUUCGGUAAUAAAUCAUGCUUGUUUAUACAUACUCU